CGUAGACGGACUGUCACGUCUCUCUGACAAAAACUGGCCACUGAACGGAUUCUAAAGCAUUUGACCGCUUGUAGCAUUUUAAAACGCAACAACUACACCUGGAGAUUCACUCGAGAGACUCUGAAAUACUGCAGCAUCAAGCCUGAAGGAUGCAAACCUCAACCAAGUGUGAGAGAACAUCUGACAUCCAUAGGUGCUCUUCAUAACAUAAACAAGCUCUCUAAUGUGAGCCAUCAGACAGAUGUUGUAGAAGUUCAAUGUCAACUCAGUGUUGACUGAAUUUGAUGCCUGAAGCUACAGUGAAGAUUCUUAGAGCUGCAAAGAUUGUGCUGCAUAUUUUCCUGCAUGUUCUUAAUGGUCCAUAUGGACCAUCUUGAUGGAUUAUUUUCAGUAGCCGGUUUCCUGAAACUUCAAAGUGCAAGUCAUUUUGGGGAAUUUUAUUACAGCAAGAGAAACAUUGGAUGAGCUGUAUGUUCUUCUGCACGUUUGUGAUGCAACUAUGAAUGGACACUGUUCAUUUUUAAUGAGGUAGGCUAAGCUAUUCCUGUUAAACUCUGAAGUAUAUUCCGACUGGAAAUUUGGUCACUCUGUUUAUUUGGAGAAAAAAAGAUCAAGGUUUACCACACAAGCAUUUUGCACAUGUAUUUACUUUCCUCCAAAGUAAUUCACGAAGAAUUUUCAAUGAAACAAGCCGAAUCUUCUCUUCUCAACACCUCCUGGUCUUCCCUCGUAAAACACACCCCUCUGCUCCGCCUCAAUGCUCUUGACUUCUCCGACCUAUGGGAUGAUGAGGAUCUUGAGCUGGACAGCACUGAUGAAGACUCCUCUCAAACUUCAGCCAAUCAGAUUGCAGCUUCACCCAUUCCCCCACCUCCUCCCCCUUUGGCCCCGCCCUUGCCUUUAGCCAGCGAGUCGCUACGGCCAUCAGGCCGUCGUACCCUGAGACUCCACUGGAGCGCACUGUCGAGUCUGCAGCCUGUGCCGAGAGUGGGCCGCUUUGGGCUUCAGUCGAUCUGGGCCGGUCUGGAACCGGUUCAGCUAGACACUAACAGACUGGAAUACCUGUUUGAGAGCAAAAGCAGCAACAACAGCACCCUCUGCAGUCUAAAGGAGGGACGACAGCAAAAGCAGCCGUGUGUAUCUGUAUUGGGUGUAAAGCGCAGUAACAUCAUCACUAUAGCUCUGAGCAGUCUGCCACCUGUUCACCUGCUUCCUCCUGCCAUAUGCAGCAUGGACAACACUGUACUAGACAGAGAAGACAUCCAGAGGUUGCAGAUGCUGGUUCCCACUGAAGAGGAGCUGAAUCUAAUAAAGGAGGCAAAAGCUCAGGCCCCGCGUUCACCUCUGGGCCCUGCAGAGCAGUGUCUCCUGACCCUGGGCAACGUUCCUCAUUUGAGCGCCAGACUGCAGCUCUGGGCCUUCACUCUGGACCACGACACACUAGAGAGAGAAAUCGCAGAGCCUCUCUUUCAUCUAAAGCUUGCCAUGGAGCAGCUAGCGGCCAAUCAGACGUUCCGCUGCAUACUUGCGACUGUGCUGGCCAUCGGCAACUUUUUGAAUGGCUGUAAGGCGAAGGGGUUUGAGUUGAGUUACCUGGGCAAGCUCUCUCAGGUGAAAGACACACACGGCCGGCAGCCACUCCUUCAUCACGUAUGCGUGUUAUUGCUCCAGCUUUACCCACAAUCCUCUGAUCUGUACUCCGACAUCACUGCUGUCACAAAAGCCAGCAAGUGUGACUACACACAAGUGCAGCUGAAUCUCUCGCAGCUUGAAUCCCUUUGCAAAGCAUCCUGGGAUCAACUCCGACUACUUGAGAAGGAUGGAAAGAAGAAGAAAGGUGGAGGAAGAAAAGAGGAGGGUGGAGAAGAGGCACUGCUCCACCAGCGGCUCACCCAGUUUCUGAAAGACUGUGAGGAGAGGUUGAAGGUGCUACGAGCCGUUCACCGCAGAGUCAUCAACAGAUUCCACUCAUUCCUGCUCUUCCUCGGUUACUCGCGUACCAUGGUGAGAGAAACGAGUGCAGAGAUGUUUUGUAAGAUUGUCAGUGACUUCGCUCUGGAGUACAGAGCCACUCGCAAUGCUAUCCUUCAACAGAACGAGAGACAGGAGAAAGAGAGGGAGAAGCAGAGUCAAAACACACCUAAACUCAAAACCAGAUUCCUGCAAAGCCUAUCUCAUGAGAAUCAGGAGCAGGUGAAACUUGAAGAGGUUUUGAAGACUCCUGAAUCAUCAUCAUCAUCAUCUUUCCACUUUGACUUCACUCUUCCACGACAACGCAGCAAGACGAGUGACAAGAAAGGUUGUCACUCCCGAAAGCUGAAGUGGUGAACUACAAUCUUUAUUCCUCUACAAGUGUAGCUCGUUGACAUCUUAAGCUUGUCAACUACAUUUUUGAUUAUGGAAGAAAACUUGAAGUAGCAUUUUUUUUUUUUUUGGCAAUUUUUUUUAAAUUGUUGGCAAGCUAGCAAUUUGUCACAUGGGAAGUUGUCAUCAAUCUCGGUAACUGUAAGGUUUGGAGUCAAAAGCAGUGAUUUCGCAUUUUGAAUUGAUGCUUUUCAUAAAUUGUUUUGUGUUUCGUGAUUGUUUUUAUGUUUAAAGAUUGCUGACAAACCCAUUGUGUUUCCAUUGUGACUACUUACCCCAUAUAUUGUGACAUCAUCGCCUGACUUGCCUUUGCUUACUUUGUUUAUAUGUUUUACAUUACA